AAAAGGGUUUUUAGGGUUUAAGACUACUGGCCAGUCUGUUCUCUCACCAUUUUCUCUUUCACUUCCACUUCCACUUCUCUUUUCAGGUUUUCGAUAAAAAAGUUCGGAGUUCUCAUUUCACCAUGUGGGCACUUCUUCGAACCUCUAGGACUUUGAAGUAUCGAGGAAUUGGUGUCAGAGCUUCUAGAACUGGCUGUGCUAAAUUAGAAAUUUUAAGCUGUCUAGAGGACAAUGCAGGUGUUCUUGAACCUCGGCAUGUAAACUCUGAUAGAUCCCUCUUUUUGAAUAGAUUUUACAACACUACAAGUGACUCUCCAAGAUCCUUUAGGGGGAUGUGCAGUUUUUCUUCACAGGCUGGCACAAAAAGCAGUGGAGAGGAAGACGAUGACUUGGAGGAUGGAUUUUCUGAGCUUGAAACUCCAGUUAAUGCUGAUGCCAUUCAGGCCGACAAGGAGGAGGAUGAAAACGACGAUGAAUUGGUUUCCGAACCUGAGCUCUCUGGAGAGGAAGACAACAAUGUUGAUAUUGAGGGACCUCAAAAUGAGCUGGAGUUAUCUGAAACUGAGACAGAUGUAAGUGAGAAGAGGUCUCCAAGAAAGAGAGCUUUUUCAGCAUUGUUCAAAGCUAUAAUGGCUGCUCCAGGUAUAUCUAUUCAUAAUUCUCUUGAUAAGUGGGUUGAAGAAGGAAAUGAUGUAACCCGAGCGGACAUUGCGCUGGCCAUGCUCAAUCUUCGAAAGCGCCGGAUGUACGGGAGAGCCUUGCAGCUCUCUGAGUGGUUAGAGUCAACUAAGCGGGUUGACUUUGUUGAGAGAGAUUAUGCUUCUCGUCUUGAUUUGAUUGCCAAGGUACGUGGUAUCCAGAAGGCAGAGAGCUACAUUGAGAAGAUCCCAAAAUCCUUCAGAGGGGAAGUAAUCUACCGCACUCUAUUGGCUAAUUGUGUUGUUGUCGGCAAUGUGAAGAAAGCAGAGGAGGUGUUCAACAAAAUGAAGGACCUCGAAUUCCCAACUACAUCCUUUGCUUGCAACCAGUUGCUCCUUUUGUAUAAGAGGAUUGACAAGAAGAAAAUUGCUGAUGUACUGCUAUUGAUGGAGAAAGAAAAUGUCAAGCCAUCUCUCUUCACUUACAAGAUCUUAAUCGACACCAAAGGCCAAUCUAAUGACAUAACUGGGAUGGAUCAAAUUGUUGAGACGAUGAAGGCUGAGGGGAUAGAACCCGACAUCCACACACAAGCCAUCUUGGCUAGGCACUAUGUCUCUGGCGGGCUCAGAGAAAAAGCUGAGGCUAUUUUAAAAGAGAUGGAAGGAGGCAAUGUGAAAGACAACCGGUGGGCUUGCCAUUCUUUGCUUCCUCUUUAUGCAGGUCUUGGAAGGGCUGAUGAAGUAGGGAGAGUCUGGAAAGUUUGUGAAUCUAAUCCCCGCCUUGAAGAGUGCUUGGCUGCUAUUGAAGCGUGGGGAAAGCUAAAGAAAAUUGAAGAAGCAGAGGCAGUCUUUGAUAGGAUGCAAAAAAUAUGGAAAAAGCUCUCUUCAAAGCAUUAUUCUGCGCUACUUAAAGUUUAUGCAAAUCAUAAGAUGCUGGCCAAGGGGAAGGAUCUUGUGAAGCAGAUGGGCGAUAGUGGUUGCCGUAUUGGGCCAUUGACUUGGGAUGCGCUUGUUAAGCUUUAUAUUGAAGCAGGAGAGGUGGAAAAAGCCGAUUCAAUAUUGCAGAAGGCUGCGCAGCAGAACCAGAUGAAGCCGAUGUUUAAUUCUUAUAUUGCUAUCAUGGACCAAUAUGCAAAGAGGGGUGAUGUACAUAAUUCUGAGAAGAUGUUCCAUAGGAUGAGACAGGUUGGGUAUCUAGCCCGUCUCCGACAGUUCCAUUGUCUGAUCCAGGCCUAUAUAAAUGCUAAGGCUCCAGCAUAUGGAAUCCGGGAGAGAAUGAAGGCUGAUAGUGUAUUCCCAAAUAAAGCAUUGGCAGGGCAGUUGGCCCUGGUAGAUCCAUUUAGAAAAACUGCGGUGUCAGAUCUGCUGGAUUGAGGUUUUUAAUGGGUCCUUUUGAGAUGAUCUGGGUGCAGAGAUGCUCAUCGUCCAAGGUUACUGUUGUUUUGUUUGGGUUCUUAUUUAUCUGUACACAACUAGCAUCAGUUGAUUCUAGGUAAAACCAUUUCAGUGUUCAUGUUCUUGAUGUUUCUCCUGCUAUUGGAGUCUUAAAAUUUCAUGCUUUUGCUCAACAAGUCUUAAGAUAAUUCAUGUUGGUCUUGCUAUUUUCUUGAGUAAUCUGUUAAAAAAAAGUGACAUCAUUCGUAUAGUGUAAUCAUGUAAGCUCUGAAUCAAAAGGCAACAUAUAAGCCGUUGGACGAUCGAUAUCCUGUUUAGGGUUGAGAUCGGAUUCGAAAAAGGAGGUUUUC